AGGAAAUGCUUCUCCUGUUAUUCCUACAUUACUUCUAUUCCUAUGACCUUUGCAAACAUCAGAAAAUUGCGUAGAAAGUUCUAGUUGUUGUUAGCAGCUUUUUGGCAUGGUUUGAGAUUAAUAAUCUAGGGACCCUGAGUUUGUGUAAAUGGAUGACCACUUGGUGUUCCAAGGACUGGUGCUCACACAUAGCUUUGAUUAGAUUAUGUGUUUCUUAAAAUGCCCAUGGCAUUUUAUGUUUUAAUUUUUGCAGCAUUUUUUGUGUGUUUGGUUUCAGUGAACCACUGUUAGCAAUACAGAAUUUUCCCUGCUGGGGAACUUUCCAAUAAUGGGGAAGUUUCCUAAAGAAGUAGGUAUGGUUACAUCAACAUUUAAGUUGUCACAUGAAGUCUUUUGACAAAUAGUUCUGGUUUUUCCUGUGUUUUUCAUUUGAUUGUGGCAGAAACAAGCAGUAGCAGUACUGAGGAGCAAUUUGCACAGUUUAGAAUAAACUUUGCUUUCAAAAAACUAUUUGCCACAGAUGUUGGAAGCUGGCAACAAGAGGACAGAAAGGGCAUUGUGGUAGGUACUGUAAGAAAAACAGCAAGCUUUAGUAAAGGACUUUGACUGAUAUAAAGGUCUCAAACUGAUCCAGAGGAUUCUUCUGCUCAGGAUAAAAGAGGAGAAGGUUCUAUAAUGAUUAUUGCAGUGGUUUUCUUUUUGCAUGUGCAUCUGGAUUUGACCUGGACCUACAUUUUUUUCCCUCUGAAAGUGAAAAAUUGAAUACAGAAGCGAACUUUCUCAGUCUUGAGGAAAUUUUUUAGGUUCCAUCUGCAUCAUGGGAAGGCCUUUGUUUUUGUAUGUAUUUUUAUUCUGCUGGCAUUUCCUAAAUGCUUUAUUCACUGUCGAAGCUCCUCAGUCACUCUACAUUGCGGAACGUGGGAACAAUGUGACCAUGGAAUGCACAUUUCCAGUGAAUGGGAAAUUAGAAUUUAGAGAUUUAAGUGUCAGCUGGGAAAAGAAAGAUGAGUUGAAGCAGGUUUAUGUACUUCACAAAGGAGAGGAAGACUUCAAAAUUCAGCACAGUGACUUUACAGGAAGAAUAAAAUUGUUGAAAGAGAAUCUGAACUUGGGACAGUCUCUCCUUCAGAUCACUGAUGUGAAGCUCAGAGAUGCAGGGGUUUACCGCUGUGUUAUUGUCUAUGGGGGAGCUGACUACAAGACAAUCCAUCUGAAAGUUAAGGCUCCUUACAGAAUUAUAAACCAAGGAGUGGUGAGCACAGGACGCAAUGAAUGGAAGUUGACGUGUCAGUCGGAGGGAUACCCAGAAGCUGAAGUGAUAUGGCAAAAUAGAAACUACGAAGAUUUGACUUAUAAGGCAAACACAAAAUUUGAAACUGCAAGUGACCAGUUGUACCGUGUGACAAGUACCCUUACAAUCAAAAGUGGAAUUAAUGAGAUUUAUUACUGUAUAUUCUGGAAUAAAGAGCUGCAAGAAAAUACAACUGCCAUUUUACACAUAGCAGAUUCAACUGAUGGCAUUCUCCAGACUGAGAGCAGACGCUUUGUUGGAGCAACUCUCAUUGCUACUGCUUUUGUUGGAUCAGUGCUUCUGUUUCUGCUCUGCAUAAUAAAAGCUAGAGCAAAUAAGGGCAACAGAACACCUGUGGCAAGUCCAUCAAUAACAAAACUGUCAAAAGAUACGAAUACACACAACUGGAGAGAUGCUUCCCUUGAAGACAGAGAACUGAAAUAUAUACAAAUUGAGAAGACCUAGAGAGAGAAGGGGAAGACUUUUUCCCUUUUGUUGUGAAGAUUUGUCAGCUCAAAUGUUCUGUGUUCUAUGUAUUGGAGGGGAUAUUAAUUUUUUUUGUAUUUAUUGUGUGAUAGCAGUCUUCUAUAUUGUUGUAACACAGGAAAAAAUGUAAUGAAGGUAAAAUAAUUAUUAUAGCAUAAAAAAUUAUUGAAUGCAGGCUUCUGUAUAUGUUACUGGAUAUUGAGGUAUUUAUUUAAAUAUCAAAGUUUCUACCUUCUCAAGUUUAGACAAAUGUGUCUUUUAAAGAUUUCAUUUAAUUGAAUGUAUCUUUCAGGUAAAGCACUUUAGGUCUAUGACCAUCAUGAAUUUCAUAGCUAGCUCUUGAUAGGUCAUCUUCUGAACCUUUUUUUCUUCUUUCUUCACCUGAGUUUUCAGUUUCCUGCACAUAACUGGUUUUCCAUACUUUAAAGAAUCUUUUCAAAACUUUGAUCCUCAUAAAAGGUGCAACAAGACAAGUUGCCAUACAUACAGGGCAUUUUCAUUAUUAAAAUACCAGAUGCUCUCAGCUAAGCCUGAAAAAGAUGAUUUAAAACUCUUGGUAACUAUGGUUUGGAAAUUAAAUAAUACUAAACUUUUUGAUAUUUUCUUUUGGGCAUUUAAUUUCCUCAUGAUAUUGCUGGCACUACUUGGUUACUGCUCACUGUCUUCUGAUUUGCAGUCUGGGGAUAAUACAAUUCUUUGGACAUUUAGGAAAAGCAGCCCUUUCUUUAGAUUACCAUUUUGUUUUCUUGGAAAUGGAAAAAGGAAAACCUAUUUACUUCAAGGACAUGAAAUACAUGCACAUGUGAUUACAUAGAAAUGCUGAAGAAACCUGUUCCUGGAUCCCAUUUCACAAGUUAUUGUUAUGUUACAUUUUGCUAAGUGCAUAGCCUUUUGGGAGGGAUAACACACAGGUGAAAAAAAUUUAUUACAAUGGUCUUCACAAUUGUAUUUUUUUAAUAAAAAAGAAUUAAAAACCA